AUGCUACACCAUCGUACAGGCUCCUCACGAAGGACGACGCUGCUGCUGACCUUGCUCCUCUUCAUCAGCACCGCCGUCCUCUUCUAUAUUCGUGCGCGCUGGUCAAGGCCAAUCCCAGCACAUCCCUUCCCAGCAUCUGCCAUUCUCGAUCAGAAUACGGUGACAUCAAGCACCGGUGGCGCAAUAAGCUGUAACUGUACAGCACCGAAGAUGCCCGAUCCAGGCAUCUUCCCAGGCGGCAAGGCUCAGUCCAAAGAGGGCUGGAAUGUCCUGCCAGCUGUAGAUGGAGCAAAACUCGAUACGACGACUUUCCGGGUGGGCAGUGGGACGCUGGUGAGUACGACGUACAUCACCUCAUCCUACGACCCCCGACGCAUCAAGCGAGUCGUAGUCAUGAUCCACGGCCUCUCUCGGACUUCAUGGAACCAGCAGCUCUACACUUCUCUGGCCCUCGACAAAGCUACCCAGAGCGGCGCAGUCUCCCGAGACGAAGUCGUGGUACUGGCCCCACACUUCUUCACCGGCAAAGACGCCGGUGCUUUCCCGGCUGAUGCGCAUGGCAAGCCUCUUAACGAUGUACUGGUCUGGAAGGGAACCGAGUGGGCAGAUGGAACGCCUUCGAAGUAUCCGAAGGGAUCCAGUGUAGGAGCUUUUGACGUCCUGGACGCCGUCAUCGACCACUUCCUCGACCUCAGAAAGUAUCCAAAUCUAGGUACAAUCGUCAUCGGUGGAUUCUCUCUCGGGGCCCAGCUCGUCACCCGCUACUCGACCUUCCGCCCUUCUAACGCUGAGCAGGACAGUCGGAUCAGCUACUGGGUAGGGGCUCCCAAUUCGUUCUUGUACUUGGACCGUUCCCGUCCUUACCCGACGGAAAGGUAUCCGGACUUCAACGAGUACAAGUACGGUCUGGAGGGCUCGCUACCGCCCUACUUGGCUGCCAAGAGGGUCGUGCCUUCUCUGCAGGCCUUGGCGCCGAAUCUUCUCAACCGGCGGAUCAGCUACUGCGUGGGGUUAGGAGACCUUUCGGCGGGAUCUGACGUUGGGCCUGCUGCAGUACAGGGCUCCCACCAUGUCUCCAAGGUGCAGCACUGGGUCUCAGACUACCUGCCCUUCCUUCCUGGAUCGACCGGCUCUAGAGGUGUCCUGCCUCCUCGGUCAACGGUGGACUACAUAGAUGGUGCUUCGCAUCAGGACUGGAAGGUGCUUCAGAGCGAGUGCACAAUCAAGCGGCUUUUCUUGGAGAAUCCGAGGAGGUGA